AGUAGUAUUUUCGGAAUGUCGGAUGUGUAGGUCUAUUCAGGGUUGCUAAAUAUUAUUACCGGAAUUAUUUAGAAUCCCUUAUAAUUAAUUGUUAAUAUUUGAGUUACUAAAACCUCGGUUAUUGCUAGAAAGUUUUGAUUUCGUGACUAACUAAAUGGAUGUGUUCCGUGGAUAACCUCAAGUUUGGAGCAAUCAAUUUCCUUGUAAUUGAAGUAAAAAUUCUUCUGAUUGCGAUAAAGGAAAGUGUUGUUUAUAUUCCGUGAAGUGUACAGUGUAUGGUGUUCUGGCAUCACGAUAUCCUACUAUUGUGGAUAACGGGGAUAGCGAUUUCAGUUGAAUAUGUGGAAACCGUCGGUUUUGUGUUUAAAAUGUGUGUGAAACUGUGUAAUUUAAUUACAAAUAGUUUUUGUGGUGUAAGUGGUCGGAUGUUGCCAUAGGAUUGCGAUGUCCAGGCUCGUCGAUUACUUCGUGAUCGUGGGUUUCGACCACGAGAAGGAAAGUGGCGGUCUGAGCAGCGGCGUUAUCCUCCAACGUUUCCCAGAGACGAACUGGGACGAUACUCCAUUCCACGACGGCAUUGAAUGGUUCUGCCAACCCCAAGGAUGGGCGCUGUCGACGGAGCGGUCAGAACCGCGGUUCUACGUGUCUGUCCUGACGGAUGUGGACGCGAACCGCCACUACUGCGCCUGCCUGUGCUUCAACGAGACUGUAGCCAUCACGCCCACCAAACCUGCGGACGAGGACGAGGAGUCCUUGGAGUCGGCCCGGCCAGUACCGAACAUCACCCACCACAGCAUCAUGUAUGCGCCCAAAUGUCUCGUCAUAGUCUCCAGGCAGGACUACAUAGACACCUUCAGGAACUGUCUCGGCAUCAUCUACACGGUGUGGGUGGAGAACCUGGGUGUCCCCCUGGAGACCCUGGUGGGUAACCUGCUCGGCUGCAUCCUGGUGCCCCCGCCCGGCGGGCCCCAAGUUCGGUUCAGCAUCGGCGCGGGAGACCGGCAGGCCUUACAGCCGCCCGCAGCGCCGCCUAUGCCGGUCACAAACACAGCUGUACAUAUGCUGCUUAGGUUAUUGGGUAUACACAACUCGGUUACGCUCUGGUGCGCAGUGAUGAGCGAGCACAAAGUGCUGCUGGUAUCGCUCGCGGCCGCUCGCUUGGCGGCCGCUUGCCGAGCGCUCGCUGCGCUUAUGUUUCCGUUCCGUUACGCGCACGUGUACAUUCCGCUGUUGCCGUGCGGCCUCGCCGAGGUGCUGGCGACGCCCACGCCGUUCCUGAUCGGCGUUCAUUCCAGUUUGAAGGAGGAGGUCUCGGAAUUGUUGGACGUGAUAGUGGCUGAUCUCGACGUGGGCUCCCUCCACAUACCCGCGGGCGUCAACAUCCCCCAACCCGAGGGGAGGCUGCUGUCUUCCCUCCAGCACUCGCUGGCCCUGGUGCUGCAGCCGGAGCUGAGGUCCUGUGACUUCGCCUUCGCUCCCCCACCACCCAGCUCGUCUCCCCCUCACAUGCUGGACAAAGAGAUACGGGCUGUGUUCAUGAGGACGUUGGCGAAGUUGUUGCAAGGUUAUAGACAUUGCCUGACUAUAAUCCGCAUACAUCCGUCUCCGGUGCUCACGUUCCACAAGCUGGGCUUCCUGGGCAGCCGGGGGCUGUCGCAGUGUCCGUUCGCAGUCCGCCUUCUCGACUCCAUGUUCUUCAACGGCCUGGUCGCUGAAAGAGGACCUCCUUGGAGGCCUACGGAUAUAUGGGAUGAACUUGUGCAGAAUUUACCAGAGCAGAUGAGAUUAGAGUCGUUGAAUCCAGAGUUAGAAUUGGUCCACAUACAAGACUUGGCCAUGCAACUACACCUCAACGAGAAUCCUAAUCCACAGCCGUUCCAGCAGCGGGUGCUGCGCCCCCCGGCGGGCGCGGCGGGCCGCGUGCUGCAGCCGCCGCUGCCCGCGCUGGCGGCCGCGCGCGUGGCCGAGCUGCUGCGCGCGCGCCUCGCCGACGGCGCCAAGGUCAUACCAACACGAGGCCCAGCUCCUCGUAUAGUGCCGGUAUCGGCUCCUCCCACGGGAGCCGACCACGAGCUGAUGAUGCUCAGCAACUCCGCCAGGAGACUGGAGGUGCUGCGCGCAUGCGUGGCGGCCAUCUUCGAGGGCCGGUACGCGGACGCGCGCAAGGCGUUCCCGGGCGUGCUGCGCGCGCUGGCCGCCGCCGCCGCGCGCGCCGCGCUGGUGGCCGAGCUGGCCGCGCGCCUGCCCAGCAACAAGCAGCUGCUGCAGCACCAGCAGUUCGAGCUGCUGGCCAGAUUAAUGAACUGCGCUCUACAAUUGACGAGUCCGCUCGACGAGCACUCCAUAGCGGCGGCCAUGUUGCCGCUAGCGACAGCAUACUGUCGCAAACUCUGCACCGGCGUCAUCCAGUACGCUUACAUGUGUAUACAGGAACAUCCAGUGUGGACCAGCCAGCAGUUCUGGGAGGCGGCGUUUUACCAAGACGUCCAGAGAGACAUCAAGGCUCUGUACCUGCAGAGCCCUACGCAUCACGCUGUGCCUGGUCCAAGGGACGAUGACGAGUACAUAUUAUUAAAAGCGCAGGAGCCCAGUGCGUUGGAAAUUGCAGCGGAACAGAUGAGGCUCUGGCCAACUUUACCUCAAGAAAAACAGAGAGAACUAAUAGCGAGCGAGGAAUCGACGCUGUACAGCCAGGCGAUACACUACGCGAACCGCAUGGUGUACCUGCUGCUGCCGCUAGAGGGCGCCGGGCGGCGAGCCGACCACCGCGGCGACGACGACCGCGCCAGCAACAGCAUCACCAACAGUGUAGCGGAAUCGGAUAGUGCCGAUGCGGAGUCUGGAUUCGAAGAGGCUGACCCUGGCGAAGCCGGGAACAAUGUUAUCAAAAUGGUCUCCAGAUUUGUUGAUAAGGUGUGUACGGAAGGCGGUGUGACAGCGGAGCACGUGAGAUGUCUCCACCAGAUGAUCCCCGGUGUGGUUCACAUGCACCUGGAGACGCUGGACGCCGUGGCGAGAGAGAGCAGAAGACUACCACCAGUUCAGAAGCCGCGGAUAGCGCCGCCGCCGCUGGUCGCGGGCGAGGCGCUGGCGGGCGGCGCGCUGCGCUGCGCGCUGGCGGCGGACGGGCGCGGCGACCGCGCGGCGCUGCUGCCCGCCGACGGCGCGCUGUUUCUCACCAACUACCGGGUCGUGUUCAAAGGGGCGCCUGCUGAUCCUUUUGCAUGCGAGCAAACCGUGGUGAGAUCGUUUCCUCUCUGCUCACUGACGCGAGAGAAAUCGGUCAGGACUCAUCAUUUACCUCAUUUGGAGCAGUCUCCUCAAGAGGGGCUCCAACUCAGAUCAGCCACCUUCCAGCUCAUCAAGGUGGCACUGGACGAAGAGGUGAGCAGUGAGCAGGUGGAAGCGUUCCGCAAGACGCUCGCCAGGCUCCGCCACCCGGACUCGCCCACGUCGCACUUCGCGCUCGCCAACAGGCAGCGGGAGACGCAACAGAAGCAUCAGAUCAAACAUCACACUCUCAAAGGAUUCGCAAAGAAAACUUUAUUGAAGACUGCGCGGAAAGCUGGUCUGAAACCUAAACCUUCGAAGCGACAGAAAUACGUGCUGCCGUCGGCUGACGCCAGGUCGUUGACCUCGCCCCCCCUCAUGUCCUCGCUGUCAGCUGAUACGUUGUCGUUGGAGGAGCUGGAGGCAGUGGAAGCGGGCACCACGGGCACGGGCAGCACAGACGACGGGCGUGGCACUCGCACCCUGGAGCGAGUGAGGGAACGAGGUUAUGCCAGGGACUGGACGCGGGCCGGAUUGGCGGAUCCGCCAUUCAGAUUGGCGCACGCCAACGUGUUGUACACUCUGUGUAGGAGUUACCCAGCAGUGUUGCCAGUGCCGGAGAACAUUAGCGACGAAUCAUUACGACGUAUGGCGAGAUGUUACCGACAGGGGAGACUGCCCGUCAUUACGUGGCGACAUCCCAGGACGCACGCCUUGUUAGCCAGAUCAGCAGCGCCUCAUCACAAAGGCGUGAUGGGCAUGCUGAAGGCGACUCACCAGACGCCAGCCACCGCGCCCAGUGGCACUGAAACCACGUCCAGUUUGGAACAGGAACGGUACCUAGCGACGCUAGUUGCUUGCACCCCGGCUUCACGCGGGGACCUGGCCGAUUCCAGUCUCAGUUUGGACUCUAUACUGAUGUAUGACGAGGGUCCUCAGCAUACGCCAUUGUUGAGCAAAGCCGCUGGUACACUUAGCGUGCUGGGUCGCAACAGCGGCGGUAAAGGCGGUGCCCGCCAUUUCGGCCGCUGGGGCUCGCUUAAGGACCGGCGGCAACCCUCCCACCUGGAACUGUACGCGCCCAGGCACAGGCUGUCAACUGCCGACGUGGAUUCAGUAUGCGGCGAGCCGGGCCCUCGUCGGGCCUCGCUGUACGUGGUGGGGGAGAAGGGGUUCGGGUCCGGGGUCGCGGUGGCGGGCGUGGAGCUGGUGCCCGUGGAGUACCCCGAGGCUCGCAGCACCAAGCACGCCUUCAAGAAGCUGAUGAGGGCAGCGGCGCCUUCAGCCGCCCCCACUGCCGACCAGCCCGGCUUUUACAAACUGAUAGAAGACUCCGGGUGGUUAUGGCAACUCCGCCAGUUGUUCCAGUUGUCUGGCGCCGUGGUGGACCUCCUGGACCUUCAGGGGUCCUCCGUAUUGAUCUCAUUGGAGGACGGAUGGGAUGCCACUGCCCAGAUAUCGUCUCUCGCCCAAAUCUGCUUGGAGCCGUACUACCGCACCCUGGAAGGCUUCCGGUUGCUCGUGGAGAAAGAGUGGUUGGCCCUGGGUCACAAGUUCCAGCAGAGAUGCAACGUGGGAGCUACCCCACAGCAAGGAUUCACGCCAACCUUCCUAAUGUUUCUUGAUGCUGUUCAUCAGCUACAGAAGCAGUUCCCUCUCGCGUUCGAGUUCAACGACUACUACCUCCGCUUCGUGGCGUACCACAGCGUCUCCUGUAGGUUCAGGACCUUCCUGCUGGACAACGAGGCUCAGAGGGCGGAGCUGGGGAUCACCGCGGCUGAUGACAAGAGGGCAGACACCAGCAGACUGGGAGUAGAAACGGGCGCGGGGUCCGAGGAGGAAGUCGGGGCCGCGUACGGGGGUCACUGCCCCCGCCAGCAGCUGGGGCAGUCAAUGUUCGACUAUAUCGAGAAACAGCAUCAGAAACAGCCCAUCUUCUACAACUUCCUCUAUACGCCCGACUUGGACAACCCGGUCCUAAGGCCUGUAUCCUCCAUCAACUGCCUUGAAGUGUGGGGCUACUAUGUGAGCGAGGAGUUGUCUCACGGCGCGCCGUACGACCUCGAGGUUCUGACACCGCCGCAGGACGCGGGGCCAAGGCCUGUACGCACCGCGGGAUAUGAUAGUAUAUCCCGGACGAUGCCGGACGCGUUCACGGGACUUCUGGAGCGGAUCCGACAGCUGGAGCUGGAGCUGGGGCACCUGCCGCAGAAGUGGAGGGUGAGAUGGGAACAGCUGGAACUUCCAAACACCUUGGAAUUACAGCGCAACGCGUCGAUGUCGUCGGGCGUGGUGCGGCGCGCCAGCCUGGCCCAGCACAAGCGCUGCACGCUGGAGCUGCUGGUGCGCGGGCGGCUGGCCGCGCUGCCGCCGCCCGCCGCGCCGCAGCACCGCUGGAGCGCCGGCAAGCAGCCCGCCGCGCCCGACUCCUGCCGCCACUGCCGCGACCUGCUGUGGGGCCCGCUGCAGAACGGCGUUAGGUGCGUUGACUGCGGCGCCGCGUGCCACGAGCGGUGCGCGGAUCAGUUCUCGCUGCCGUGCACUAAGUACAAGGCGCCCCCCACCGCGGACCGGGCCGCGGACCAUCGGCCGCAGACCAACAGUGUGACGACAUUACAGUCAUCAUCGCAACAAUACUACGAGCAGUUCUCGUCGAACGUCGCCGAGAAUCGAACCCACGAAGGGCAUCUGUACAAGAGAGGGGCUCUACUCAAAGGGUGGAAACAGAGAUGGUUCGUGUUGGAUUCAAUCAAACAUCAGCUGAGAUACUACGACGCUAUGGAGGAUUCGCACUGUAAAGGUUUCAUUGAUUUAGGGGAAGUGAUAACAGUGAGCCAAUCCCCGCCCGCCCCGGGGCCGCCCAAGAAAUGCGACGAGAAAUCUUUCUUUGAUUUGCGCACGAGUCGACGCACGUAUAAUUUCUGCGCGAGUGACGCUAACGCUGCGCAGGAGUGGAUCGAGAAACUUCAGGCGUGUCUACAGUGAAAUUAUAAAAUAAACUUUCAAACCAAAAAUCUUAAUCGAUACUGUAUAUAUAACUUAAUUUACGUUGUAGAUUGUCGGGAAAUAAGGAUUAUAUUCGCUCAUAUAACGACUAAUCGUUUUAGUUGACGACGUUUAUCUUCAUAGUUCGAUAAUAAGAUAAUGUGACGUCCUUUUUGUGCGACGAAUGUUUACCUUCCUCUUGAAGGUCCUUACUUCCGGAAUGUACCGCAGUUACAAAUAUUGUGACCAUUCAAUAUGUAUAUUAUAUAUACUUAUACUUGCUUUGACUCAAACUUCAUGAAAGUUUAAUCUUGAAUUAAUUUUCUCCUUGUUUCUAAGAGACAUAGAAUGAUUUAGGAUUCUAUUUGGAUAUUAAGAGCGCGUUCAACUAAUUGUGAGCAAAAAAUUUUGAAUUCCCGUGCGAAGAAAUAAAAAAUUAGUCUUCAUAGACAAAAACAAAGUUAAAAGACCAUAGAUAACCUGCAGUUUUGAAUUAGCAAAAAACGACAGAAAAAAACAUUGAUAAAGGACUGAUCUGACAUGUCACAAAUGCGAUUAACAUUGUUUUAUUUAUUUGUCAAUGAUAAGAUAUUCAUUGUGAUUUUAAAGUAAAUACGUGUUUUUUAAACUGAGGGUUAAUUUAUGUUGACAUAUAUCUUGUCUCCUUUUCGCUUUGGUUAAACUCUGAGUUAGAGCAAGAAGGAAUGAAAGUCAUACGCCAACGUUUGCGAAGAUCAGAUAUAGCUUUUUGGACUUUAAUGAGACUAGGAAUAGAUAUAAUGCAAUAAAUUCCACAAUUAUAAUUUCCCUCAUAAUCUACCUAAAUUUGGGGAAAAAAUCCCGGUUUAAUAAACUGUGUAAAAGCGCACUUAUUGCAAGUUAUUCCUAUAUUUCCACUCCUGGAUUGUGGUCAUAAAACCCGGGACUCUCCCCAGGGACAUACUCGAAAGAAACACAAGAGGAAAUAUGACGAUUGUAUAAAGGCCGCCGUGCUUAAAGCUUUUGUUCAGGGGUACUUCGGGUGAGUGUGCUAUAUGGCAAACAACUUCAUGUUAAAUUAUUCAAAUGCGCCGACUGCGGUGUGUACGGCGCUGCCAAUUCUGCAUUUGUUUUUAAACAGAUUAUGUUAGAUUUUUCAGGUGUAUUGACGACUUAAACUCGACUUCCGAAGCACAGAAGUUAUAGAGGUAGUUUAAAGAAAUUAUGUAAUGCCCAUCAUUUGUUCACCUGUAUUGAAGUUACGACUUAUUGACGCUUAACGGGACUUGAUUGAGUGAACUUGACAUUUACUUAAGAUCUCCAGUAACCAUCGGUAGCCUGUACCGAUAGCAUAUUUAUAUCUUAGGCUAAUUUUCAAAGGUGGGUCGUAAUAGGUAUUGAGUAUUUAUUACCUUUCAUUCAAACGAUUCUUACGUAAUUUAGAAAUAUUAUGUUCAGGAAUUAACAUUGUCAUGUGAAAUAUAGGAUUGGAUUUUCGUUACAAAUUAUUUAAAUACAUAAAUUUGUUAUGAAAAUAUGUAGUAUACGAAUAGCUUUUACUGCCAUAUGAUACACGAGCGAAGGUAACCGUAUCGGAAUGGUACAUUUAACAGAUUUUUGUAUAAUACAGUAGUUGAUAAUACCACAGUGAACCGACUUUUUAGUUUCCAGCCGAGUAUAAUUUGUUGGCAGAGCAUAACUUUUUAUUUUUAUUUAAAAAGGAGUUUAAAACGUUAUUUCAACUAAAGCGGAAUUUUAUUAGCGCCAGUAUGGCCGCAACCGCCUUGUUCUUUUUUU